GAUAGCGACAGAUGUCUAGAAAACUGUGAGGGGCACUCCUCGGUUACAGCUCAGUCCCAGGCUGCAGCUCGGAGAGCAGGGGCGGAAUCUGCAGCUGUCACUCCAAAAGGCUUAAAAAAAAUUCUACACAUCCAGGCUCGGAGGCUGGAAAAAGAAGCUCAACUCUAUUGAAAUACAGGAGACAUCAUGGGAGGCAAACUGAGCAAGAGAAAGAAGGGCUACGAUGUGAGUGACCCAAAAGAAAAGAAGGAUGAGACUGCAGCAACAGCUACUGUUGCGGAGGAGUCUGCUAAAGUGGAAGAUGGUGCUCCACCCACAGGAGCUGACUUGAUAGCUGAGGCGGACAAAGUGGUAAAAGAAGCUGCUGCGUCAGCAGUCGCAGCAGUAACUGAAGCUGUACGCGCUGAACAAGCUCCAGAAGAGAACAAGUCGGCACCUCCAGAGGAAUCCGCUCCUGCAGCAGCAGAGGAGACCGCUCCAGAACAGAAAGCUGCAGCGGUCGAAGCAGCUCCGGUAGAACAAGAGCCGACUGCAGCAGCAGUGGAGACGGCUCCAGUUGUUGAGGAGAAACCUGCAGCCGUAGAGGAAGCAGCUCCAGUCGCAGAGGAACCUGUGACAGCAGUAGAGGAACCAGUUCCAGAAAUAGAAGAGCCAGUUGUUGUAGCAGAGGAAUCUGUCUCAGCAGUUGAAGCAGUACAAGAGAAGGUUGCAGCAGAGCCUCCAGUGGCUCCAGCAGCAGCAGAGGACUCCUCUGCUUCCGCUUCGGAACAGCCCGUCGCAAAAGAGGCUGAACCUGAGCCUGCUGUACCUGAAGAGUCUAUUGUAGAAGAACCUGCUGCAGCAGUGCCUGAACCAGUGAAAGUACCUGAGGUGCAGGAGCAGGAGCCAGCACCAGAACCAGAACCAGAGCCAGAGCCAGAGCCAGAACCAGAGCUUGAGCCGGAGCCGGAGCCGGAGCCGGAGCCGGAGCCGGAGCCGGAGCCCACCCCAGAGACUGUAACUAAGUCAGAGGUCACUGUGGAUGAGACGGUGGUGCUCGCUGCUGCAGUUGAGCCUGUGCUGAUGCAAGAGUCAGUCAUUGAACCAGAGCAAAUACAGGAAGCAGAACCUCAGCAAGAAUCAGACCCAGAGCAAGUUGUGGAACCAGAACUAAAUCAAAAACCAGAGCCAGUGGCCACACCAGAGCCAGAACCUGAACCAGAGGCUGAGCCAGUGGAACAAUUGAAAGAAUCUGAACCAGAACCACCUGUACUGACACCUGAUGUUCCUGAGCUUGAGACAGCAGAAGCAGCAGCGUCUGAGGCCUUGGGGGCUGCAGCAGAGGAUGUAACAGAAAGCUUCAUUGCCCAGGCAGCAGCUGAACCAGAGGCAGCAGAGCCUGUUCCUGACAUUGUCAUCUCAGAAUCCAUCUCUGCCACUGAAAUCACCGAUGAAUCUGAGACCGCAGCCGAAGAAUCUGCUGAGGGCAUGCCUUGCCCAGUAGCUGAGGUGGAGGUCAAAAUGGAAAAUGGAGAUUUAAAGAGCCCCUCUGUCAAUGAGGAAGACGACGAGGCAGAUGAAGAAGCUCUUCCAGCUGUGAAUGGGGAGUGUAGCGAUCCUACUGAUGCCACACAUACAGAGCAAUGUGUUAACGGGAGCGAAAAGCCAGAGGAGGAGAUUCCUGUCAAGGAACAGAUUGACUUUGAACUGAAAAAGGACGUGAACCUGAGCGGAGACGUCCAGGAAGCUCCCGACGCGGUCUCAGACAUGGUGGAGGCUCUCGGCACUGAGGUCACCCAGGCUGUCUGAAAAGAAGCUAGCUGUCAACUCAUUGUGAAUUAAGUUUAAUCCCCAGAUGGUGCAAGAAAGCCAUUAAGAUAUCACAAACACAGAUAGGCUUUCUUAAGAGCUGUAGCCAUUGCAAUGUUUAUGGCGGUGACUCAGGCAAAAGGAUGUUCUCUCUUGAGUAACCAAAAAUGAAUCGCAACCACUCGAGGAAAGAAAGACGCCGACAGACAGCGAGAAGAGCGAGCAGUGAGGAGAGGUUUUAAAUUCUGGUAAUUGAGUGCCGACAGACCGUGAAACUGGGCAGCAUGGCAAAAUUUCUGGACAGUAAAUAUGAUAUUAAUGAAUGAAAUAAACAAACCUGUCUGCGUGUGAGGCUCAUUAAUAUUACAAAGUGGUUUAAUGGUAGUAUAUUAUUUGAUUUAGACUUUCAUAUAUCCUUUCUAUUACUAUAUGCAGUGACAUUACUUAAAUGUUUUGGCCUUUUAUAAUAAUGGUACCUGUGAGGACUGUUAAUUUCAAAAUGAUUGUUCAGAAUAGAGAAUAAAAAGAGAUUGUUAUAGUCUAGACUGAUCUUUUUUUUUCCCUUUCAUGCUUUCUUUCAUCAUCAAUCAUUUCACUACUCUCUUAUUAAAUAUUUCAUUUAUGAGGGCUAUUUCAUGAAAGAGUUUCACAGUCUUAACCCAUCAAUUUACAGUUUUCUCUUUUUAAUAAGUAUGUGUAAGAUUGAUUUUAAAAAAAAAAUCACCUUGAUCUUGACUGCCGGAUACAAUCAGCUUGUUCUAUCUCUGCAUUAAAUCUAUACAAUGAUUUAACUAUGACAAAAACUGAAACUCAUGUGUCAUUUGUAAUGGUCACCUCUUGACAACUAAAUUUCAUUUUUGCUCUUCUGUCCACACGAUUCCGAUCUUGACCGUCUAAACACACUUCAG